AUGGAUGUGCUGUUGCGGAUGAUGCUGGUCCUUGGGCUUCUUCUCAGGAGCACAAUCUCUCAACAGGUCGUUGGCGUCCGUUUGAGACUUGGGGAGAAAAACUAUUGUCGAAAGACAAGGCAUCGAUUGGCAAAAGAUGUUAGUGUGAGCCAGUGCACGAAGCCAUUGGCCGCUUUCGAUCUGCUGCAACCGAUGUUCAAAACUGUCAUUCCAAGACAAAUCAUCUGCCGCAUUACUCAGGGACAUGCGUAA